AAAUGUGAUUCCUUGGACUUGACGUAAUCCCCGGUCAGACACCUCAGACCAGACAGUCAGCGCACGACUCACGUGCGGCGGAAUGCGAUGAAAAUGAGCUCAAACGACAGUAAAAGGUUCGCCGCUUACUCGACCACUUCAGUCUGACCUUUAUUAUUUUGUAUUAUUUUGUGGCGUCAUGAAAAAACACUACAGUCCCGUCAAGCAACCGGCGGCGGCGGCGGCGUCAGAUGUCCCGCCGGCCGUCGCGGCGUCGGCGUUGACUCAGGGCGGCGAGGUGACCGUCCAGCAACUCAACGAGCUCCUGUCGAACGGCAGUGGCUUCUACAGCCUUCCGACGCAGCACUUCAACGAGGUCUUUCCGAGGAUAUAUAUUGGCAACGCGUUUGUGGCCCAGAAUGCAAUGCGGCUGCAGAAGCUGGGCGUGACGCACGUGCUCAACAUGGCGGAGGGCACCUCCUUCAUGCACGUCAACACCAGCGCCGACUUCUACGCCGGCACGGGCAUCGCCUACCACGGCAUCAAGGCCAAUGACACGGAGCAAUUUGACCUCAGUGCCUUCUUUGAGGAGGGCGCCGUUUUUAUCGACAAGGCCCUCGCGCACAACAACGGCAAAGGGAAGGUGUACGUGCACUGCAGGGAAGGCUACAGCCGCUCACCCACCAUGGUGGUGGCUUACCUCAUGAUGCGCCACAAAAUGGACGCCCGUCAGGCGGUGGCAACCGUCCGGCAAAAGAGGGAGAUCGGCCCCAACGACGGCUUCCUGCGCCUGCUGUGCCAACUCAACGAGAAGCUGGUUCGGGAGGGCAAGCUAAACGGCGAGGUGGGCAAACUAAAGACCAAAUAGAAACAAACUCCCGUCAUGCCUUUCGCUGAUUUCGCCGCUGCUCUCCAGGACUCUUCUCGCUAACCAGCACCCAUUUGAGGGGUAUUCUGGAACAUGCUUUUUUUAAAAUCAGUGUAGAUCAUUCCGCGCAAAUUGCACGCACAUGUCCAUGUUUACCUUCAAAAAUCACCACGACGAGCUGCCGUACACUCUCACCGAUCAGAUGAGUUACUUCAAGCAUUCCGACGCUCCUCCGUACUCCCGAGAUUCCGAAAGUUAAAAGACGACAGCACAAUCAUUCAGAGAGGUUUCACUGCCGUAAAUGUUGGAAUCCUAAAAGUCAAAUAUACGCCCAAUGGCAAUGCGAUGUAACGAGGCAUGGAAGCAUUCUGUGAAUCUACAGCAUUUUUUUUUCUCAAAAAACACAGGCUACCCCGGCGGCUCCCGGUACAAAAGUGAUGAAAGUCAUUUUAUCCACUGCCAGUUCGCACAUCCCAUAAUGUUUUUUUUUUUUAAAUUUAAUUUGUAUACAGUGAAGCAUUGCAAUAUAUGUCAAUACUCCCAUCUUCUAAACGGUAUAUAUAGAAUGUAAGGACAUCUGUCAGUUCAUUAACAGUCAGCUAUGCCUUGUGUGUCACUCAUCAAUCAACUCGCUAUUUAUUCUCCCUUUGCUAUGUGUAUAAAUACAUGCUUAUGAAUAUAUAUACACGUACUCUGCGUACUGUAUAUACGUAUUUACUGUACGUGUUGACAUAUAUGAAUGUAUGAGCAAUGUGUCUGUAACGUGUCGGUAUAUCGUCCGUGUGUCUUCUGUAUAUCAAAUGAUAUUUGUCUAUAUGACUAAAAUACUCAAUCUCGCCGUCAUCCAUUUACAUGUACUACGAUAUAUUACAAUUCAAAUAAUAUGACGUGCAUGUAAAUCUUCCCCCGCGACCGCAAUCGUGGCAUCCGCCAUCCUGAAUUGUGCGUCUGCAUCGCGACACAGGUGGCAGUCGUGCUCCCGAUGCCAUUGCAUCCAUCCUUGUUUGUCGCUGAGCCCAAACGGGUCGAUUUUGCUUAAACGCCCCCCCGAUGUGGCAACUUCCCCAGAAGGUGCUUGAAAGGGGUUUUGAUUCACCUUCUAGCAGUAUACGGGACUUACACUAGGGGGCGUCCUUUCAUUACACUCCGAAAAGCAGCUCCGUUGAGGAGGCGUUCUGUGAGCGCAGUGGUUGUUUGGUAGAUUUCCAACCAAAUGUGUUCCCGCAGCAAAGACUUGGCCCCCACUUGACGUAGACACAACUAAACGCUGCCAGAUGCAUCUCAACGCUGCAGCAGCAGCGUUUGCUGACGUCUGAGCGCGUGGGGAGUUGCAAGACGGCCUCCCCCGAUUCUGGCUUGACCCGAGACCCCCCCCUACCCCUGUUUGUCCUUUGGCCAACACAUCGCUGCGUGCUGCGCGCUCAGUUGUGUUCGUCCAAAGUGUUUGGCAACAACCAUCAGGUGCAGUCGUUCAACAAGCUGAGAGCUUUGUCAAAAAUGUGUCACGUGCUCUCCUCCUCACCUCAUCCCGACCCGGGGACCACACAAAACGUUACACUGAUACAAUAUCACCAAAACAUCAAUACCCAAAAGCCUAUUUACUUCGAGCUUCUUUGAGUCUUUGUGGUUCCCAGACACAAAAUCCAUCCAUCCGUCCAUUUUCUUAUCACGCUUGAUCUCAUUUGGCUGACGUCCGAGCCAGAGACGGUCUCAACUGACUUGUAGGCGAGAGGCGGCCGCAGAGCACGUAUAGGCAACCAUUCCCUCUCAUAUUCACACCUCCAGACGAUUCGGUCUUCGAUUAGCCUGACAUGCAUGGUUUUGGAAUAUGGGAGGAAGCUGGGGUGAAGGAUUCAAAACCAGAACCUCAAAAAUGUGAGGCAAAAGUGCUGACCACUCUUUCGCCUCGCCGCCACAAAAUCUAUCCAACUAAUUGCAUUUUGUAACGAUAACAUGUCUCGGUUAAAAUAUUCCAUAGUAUGGUUGAAAUAUCUGGAUAAGCCGACAAUGCACUCGAACCUUUAGAGGUGAACUUCAUUUGAGCUUCUCUGAACUAUCCCCGAUUCAGAGUUUCUUUUCUUUUUUCUUUUUGCUCAACUUGCUGUUCUUGAAGGAGCGGAACGGCAAAAUUUACAACAGGUGUUCGUUCUGUGAAUGGAGCGAUUCAUUUUCUGGUUCAAUUAGAAUUGGUAUUUAAGCAGUCUUCUUCAUCAUGCCGUUCACAUUUUUGACAUCAUGAGAGCAGCAUGACACAUCGCUGGUCAUCAACAGCACUCACCAUUGCGCGGCUUUAAAAAAAAAAAAACACCUGUUGUAAAUUUUACCCUUCAGCUCCUUGUUGGAGAGCAGCAAGAUGUGGAAAAAUCUACUGAACAUGUGCUCUCAACGGUUCCUAGAAGGUCAACUAAAGUUGACCUCUCAAGUUUAAAGUGCAUUUUAGGUUUCAUCCUGAAACUUUGACAGAAGUGGACGUCGUCCUCUCAACACCCCAAAUUUAAAACAGUCAUCAUGCAAAAAUGGACCAAUCUGCGUAUCCGCUACGGCAUUAUAGUUACUUCACAUUUGAGCAUUUGCGGUGACAGUCGAUGCACAAUCAAGUGCGGACACAAACCAACACUGCCACCUGCUGUCUAAUCAAAGUCAUUGGUUUUAAAAAAAAAUAUUUUUUUUAUUUACCCCAACAGGAUUCUGUACCAAAAACUCACCUCAUUGCGUUUUCCUUCUCGGUCAUUUUCCGGGUGUAAAAUUAAACGCAUCGCUUUUCCAAUUUGUGUUGUUGAGCGGCAAUGCGCAUCCGGCGUCACUUUUGGGGAGCUCUUGCCGUGCUGCGAAUGUCAAAUCGUAUAUCGCGAUAUAUACUGCGUCAUAUGUAACAUGCACUAAAUGGUGAAUUGCUGCAUUCAGUGUCCAAGCUGGCCUAAUAUAUUGGCCGGUAAUAACGUUCGGUUAACUGCUUACUGGGGAGAAUGUAAGGGGAUCUUCGUAGCGUUGUUUCGGGUGGGGAAAGGUGCGGGACAAGUUCUCGCCCUACUUCAUCAUCUCUGACAAACGAUGACAUCACGGGCCCGUUAUCCGUGAUUAUAAUGGAUUCACAGUGCUGCUUUUGAACAUUGCGAGUCCAUUUGACUCCCAGAUAACUUCCUGUGAUUUAUUUUAUUUUUUUAUUUUAUUUUCGGAGUCCAAAUGUGAAGUCUCCCGUGGUGUAAUUUGGACAUCUGCGCUUGAAGUCUCCUUUUUGUUGGGAGCCCCUCGUGGCCGACAACCGAUACUCGGCACAUCAUGGAAAACUCAUCUGGCGUGAACUUGUUCACCUUUUCCCCCUGCUACGUUUUCCCACCUGAGAGCUUUUUAAACAAGUGCCGGAAAGGAGUAACAAAGUGGGAGUUCGGGGGCCAGGUGGAGUGCAGACAACAGCGCGGACAACCCUUAUUGUUCGUUGUGCUCAAUGGUUUUCGCACAAGAGGAGUCCGCCGCCACACUCCCGCUUUGUCCCGCUUUGAUGCUGACGACGACGACGACGACCCAAACGACACAGCCCACCUGAAGCCUUAGUGUGUCGUUCAGUUUGUCUGUUUCACUUCAUGGCGGGAGGGCAAAGGCUUUGUUGAAGUACACUUGAAUGUUUGUUUUUGUUCUGUUUUUCUUAUCUGGGACAACUUUAUUAAAAAUAAACUACUGAGUUAUCAA